AACUUGAAUCCCUAUUAAGUUAAGAGGUCAAUUUCUGAAAAGGCUUAAACUCCAGUGCAAAGGUACACAAUUGCUGAACCAAGCAGCCAAUUACAAUAAUAUCAGAACUUGUACACGUAUAACCCCCAGCAUUUAUAUCGCUUGGAGGUCCUGCAACUUUUCAUGCAGAAUAUGUCCCUGUUUAUGGACGAGAUCGCACCAGAUGUGGUGACUCCUGGUGAUGUCCACCAAAAGGAAAUCAACCAACCGUUGAAACCCCUAGAUACCGUGAUAGCCCUUUAUGACUUUCCAGGAACUCAAUCGUCCCAUCUUCCUCUAAACCUUGGUGAUACUAUUUACGUUCUUUCAAAAAGCGAAACUGGCUGGUGGGACGGGGUAAUAAUGGGUGCUUCAAAUGGAGACCUUACGAGAGGGUGGUUUCCGAAUAACUACGUUCGUUCUGUUAACUAUGUUCAACCAGUGCUUAACAAAUUGAAGUCAAAUAAAGAAUUGGACUCGAUUACAGCUGCCAAUACAGCCGCUAAUGUGCUCAUUCCAUCUUUUACCAAUCUUUUGAAGAAAAACCUCUUUGAUUCCGAAAAGAAUUCGCCUGUAAACUCGACAAGAAAGAAUUCUGUGGUGAGUUUUGCCAGUUCCGAUGCUUCAGAUACCAAGUCCGACAAAGACAGGCUCGAUGAUAGGAAAGAAGAUGGCUACCAUUCUCCUAUGACACCCGAAACCCUCAGAUUCAAUCCCAGCUUUGCAGAAAACACGGAAAAUAAUGAGAUAAAGCUAACUCCUCCUUCUUUGGCAACCAUUUUAUCGGAAAACUACAGAAAAGAACACAAAAAGACACCAAUUUGGAUUCAUAAACUGACGAGAGAGGGUAACUUAGUGUACUAUUGUCCACAAUUGGAUGUUUACUGCGAAAACCUACCUAUGUUGAGCCUAUCAAUACUGGAUUUAAGCAACAUUAACUUUGAGAUUCCUAGCUAUUCCAUUAUCAAUGACUUAAAUUUGAUUAAUGAUAACCCAAAUGACAUAGGGGUGCAAGGUAAUGAUGGGGACGAGGCGGAAAAAGAGAUGAAUAUAUUCAAGAGAGACUCAAAUGUAUCCAUAAAUUCUAUCAAUUCGACGGUAUCCUCAUUAUAUCACCAUUUCGAUCAUCCGCUUUAUUCUAUGGAUGGGUUAUUCUACUAUCAUGUGACUGAUAUCAAAUCUUGGGGAUCUUUGAGCGAAGAAUUCAAUUAUAUAUUGAACUUGUCAUACAAGGCUGUGAAGGAAAACAACAAAUUGCUAUUUCACAAGCAUUUCGGGAAAUUAAACAAAUUGUUGUCAAUCUUGAAUUCCUCUGUGAGGUUAAGCCAGCAUGAUUUUCUGAACACCAAAUAUGAACACUCAAUCAAGAGGAAAACCAGAAGAAUAAGUUCGAGUUUCAGUCAGAUUUAUAUUAAUUCGAUCUUGCUGUUGAGUUACAUGCACUACAGUCCUCGUUCUUCUAAAGCUCAGUUAUUCAGCUUUGAUUUGGGCAAAUUGAACAAAUCAACCAGCACUAACUUCAACAGUAUCUCAACAACUGGUUCUUCAAUUUCUACAAUAGCCCAGCUACCCAUUAAUUCCCUUCGUCCUGAUGAUGCUGAAAAGGAAUUAACAAAUUUGCAGCUAAUUGAAAUCGAAAUGGACAAUAUCAAAAACAACUUGGCUCUAUUGACUAAAUUGUAUUCCAAGAUCACUAAAGACAAAAAGUUCCAAGUUAGCGAUUACGAUGGCUCAAAUUCGGAGACCUCUGAAACUGAAGAUGAUGAUAAGCAGGACGAAAGGAAAGCUAGGAUCAUCGACUUCGAAGGAAAGGAAAGGCACAACAUUUUGCCUCAAAAUUAUCCUCGGUUGGUUGCAAACGAAUUCAAUGGAGGAAACUGGUGUAAUCCAUUUUUUGAAUCCGGAAAUCCUAUAUUUAACGCUAGUGGGAACGAUUUGAAAAACAAAUACCACCAGAAGGUUUUGAUUGAUAAGAGAGCAUAUAAGUCUGCAAAAGGACUUGUCACAGAAAUGGUUAACAUUUCCAACCAAGUCUUGGAGUAUUUACUGCCAGAGAAUCAAAACUUGUAUUACAACUACAAUUUGAAAGAUGAGCGAAACACUGCAAUUUUGAGGCUUUCAUAUAAGUAUCUUCAUUUUGCAAGCUCCGUGAUCGACCUCAUUAACAGCUUUGAUUUCACGGUAUUUUGUUUGAUAAAAAGAUUUAGCUCACAAGAUGAAGAAGAGCUGGUGGCAAUCAUGAAUAGAUACAAGGAGACGGAUAUUGCGAUGGAAAAUGAUAAGUUUACUUCCAAUUUGACCUUUGAUUAUCCAGUUGUUCUCGAAUUUUUCCACAAGAAGCAACAAUUGCAUUAUUUGAUCACAAAUAUUAUAAUGACCACUCAAUCAUUGACCUUGGAAGAUCCAGACGUAUUCAGGGGAAUAAAAGAUGAUGACAAUCCCUUGUUCUACAAUCGAGAUGCUAUAAAGAACCCCAAGCAGAAGGCAACAAUUUUAUUGUCAAACUUAAUGAUCAAACAAAUCAAUGCAGAGAAGGGUGAUUCUAUAUCCCUGAAUGCGGAUACUUUGUUGUCCAAGCUCUUAAUUGAUGGUAUCAAGUUCUACAAAGAGAUUCUUGAAUUGAUAAAAAGUUUGAUUGAAGAACGGGAAACCAUCAUGAAUUAUGCCACCAGAGUCAUGCACGAUGAUUUCAAUGUCCAAUUGUUGGUUAUCGAACAGAAUAAUACUAUGGGAUCUGAUCAAAAAGAUGAUUUGAAUAAUUCUUUUGUGACCGGCAAAAAGAAUGCUAGAGAUUUGCCAUGGUACUUGGAAGGAGAUAAUGAAUUUGACUUGUUGAGUGAUGUCAAAGGCAAUGUCAAGGGUGGUACUAAGGAAGCCUUAAUCUGCCAUUUGACUCAUCACGAUUUGUUCGAUAGCAACUUUAACACUGCAUUCUUGUUAACCUUUGCCAGUAUAAUGUCUACCAGUGAACUUAUCAACUACUUGAUUCUCAGAUUUAACACUGAAGCCCCAGAAGGAUUGAGCUACGACGAGUAUAACAAUUGGGUUAGCAAGAAACAGGGUCCUGUAAGAAUAAGAGUAUUGAACAUAAUGAAGUUGUUACUUGAAAAAUACUGGUCUGACUCGUACUACAACGAAUCUUUGAUCAACAAAUGGGCGGCAUUCUUGCAAUCCAACUUGGCAGCAUCCUACUCGAUUUCCAAGACUUUAACCAGUCAUUUGAACAAGCUUUUAAGAGGAGAAAAAGUAAGUAUAGAGAGAGAGCCAGUAAUCUCUAGCAGUAGGCCCCCAGCACCAUUGAUAAGGUCUUCCAUCGUGAAAAAGUUGAAGUUAUUGGAUAUUGAUUAUGUGGAAUUGGCCAGACAACUUACUAUAAGAGAGUUCAAGCUUUACUCGAAGAUAACCAAAUUUCAAUGUUUGGCUAAGGUAUGGAAUAAGAAGUCUGGGUUAAAAGAAAACAUUGACAGUAUCAGCAAUUUUAUCAAGGCAUCCAAUCAAUUGACCAAUUUUGUGGCCUAUAUGAUCUUGAGGAAACAAGAUAUCAAGAAACGAGUUCAAAUAAUCCGUUUCUUCGUGCAAGUGGCCGAAAGAUGCAGGCAAUAUAACAACUUUUCUUCCAUGACUGCCAUUAUUAGUGCCUUAUAUUCCUCACCCAUACACCGGUUAAAGAAAACCUGGAAAUACGUUUCCAACGAUACACUCAAUCACCUUGAAAGCAUGAAUAAAUUGAUGAAUUCGUCAAGAAAUUUUAAUGAAUACCGUGAUGUAUUGAAGUUCAUUGGAUCUGAGUCAUGUGUACCAUUUUUCGGGGUCUACCUUAGUGACUUAACGUUUGUGUUUCAUGGCAACCCUGAUACACUACUUAAUAGGGCUCGGAUGGUAAACUUCAGUAAAAGAGCAAAAACUGCCGAUAUCUUGUUGGGACUUGACCGGUUCAAGCUGACAGGAUACAACUUACUCCUUGUACCCGAAAUUCAGAAGUAUUUGGACGGUUGGUUUGAUAAGUGUCCUACUAUUGAAGAACAAUACCAAUUGUCGUUGAAUUUAGAGCCUCGUGAGGCAGGAAAUUCGGGUUCAUCAUCCACAGUGUCAUCUAAGCAUAGAGGAACAUUCACAACUCCCUUCCCAUUUUCAAGAACAUGAGGUGCACUUUAUAGGGCAUAUUAAAUAAUCUUAUAUAGCCAAUAGUUCUCACCAAUGUAAAUGCGGGCUCGAGUUUUGAUCCGGCGCGACUUAAA